GGUAACACAACCCAGCCACCCACAAGUCACACAACCGAGUCACCUGUCCACUCCACUCCACAUCCAAAAUGGCUGCCGUGACGUUCGAAGAGGAGGUCUCCAGGCAGGCUGCGCGCGCAGCGGCCAUCUCGCCGGCGCUGGUGAGGACGGCCGUGGGGGCACUGGCACGCAGCAGGGCCGCCCGCGCCGCUGCUGAUGCCCUGUUCCAUCUCUUCGCCGGCACCAUCAGCGUCGUCUUCGCCGCAACAUUCCUCUGCCUCGUCGUGUUCCGGGCCUGCGUCGGGAACUGCACCGUGGCCUUGGUAGUUUGGGAGAUCUUGGUUUAUUCUGGUAUGCUCUCCCUGCUUCUCAUGGCGCCAGCGAUGGUGCUCUUCUUCCUGCGCGCCGCCGGCAGCGGCAGCGAGAUCAAGGAUGAUGUGGAUGGUCGCGUCCGUCGGUGGCCGCUAAUCUGGGACGCGGCUGUGGCGUUCUUCCACCUGGCGGCCUUGGUGGGACUCAUCGGGCUCGUUCUUCUAAUCUGUGGCGCGUUUCAAGAGGUUUCUUACCUUCUCCGCACUGCGGCUGUGAUGUGCAAGCUCCUACUCACCGUCCUCUUCUCCAUCCGUGCUGCUGUGGCGCUGUGGAGGAUGAAUCCUCGACAGCCGGCCGCAGUUGCUGUUGCGGUAGUGUGAUGACUGUACGGAGUAGUAAUCUAUCUAGUAGUAACUACUAGUAGUAGGCUUGCUUCAAUGCUAGGUCAGUGCUGCUGAUGCAGCCAGUCAGUCACUAUGGUUGUUUGGUUACUCUGAAGUACCGGAGCUAUCUAUCUAACACAGCUCCAUUGUUUACCUGUGAUUGUGAUGAACAGCGUCCAUUCUAUGUAAUCAUGUACUCGUGGCCACUGUGGAUUCCAUUAUAUAUGUAAUCAGGUCCCUUAUUUCA